UAACAAAAGAGCUCUAAAAUAUAUAAAGCAAAAACUGAUGGAAUGAAGGGAGAAAUAGAUUGUACCCCACUGUCAAUAAUGGAUGUAACAACCAGACAGAAGAUCGACAGGAAAGAGAAGGCUUGAUCGAUACCCGAAACCCACUGGGCCUGCCAAUCAUCUGCAGAACACUCCACCCCUGCAGGGUGUACCUUCUGUCCCAGCGUGCAUGAGACACUGUCCACAGAGACCCACACUGGGCUCCAGAGGCCACCACACUGGAGGCAGCCAGCAGGGGCUAGGCAGGUGGGCAGGCUUAUCAGAGGGGCCAUCAGGACCCCAGGAGUGGGUGGAUUGGAGGACAGCUCUGGGGACUGACUAAAUGGAGGCACGGGGAGCCACCACCAGCCCCCCGGUGAUAGGGAGCAGUCACUGGGGCUGGUUUCCCAGUGAGGGGGUCCCUGCGUGACUGCUCCAGCCACGGAGGGGAAGGCCAUCAGGUGUCAUGCUGAGCAGGGUGGCCUCGUCCUGAUGCCCUGGGCGUGUGUCCCAGGAGGGACGUUGGCCGGCCGGUUGAUGGCCGAGAUUUCGGAUCUGCUAGUGGGGUUCGGAAUGGCCGGUCAGCCGAGGCUGACAGAGGGACAGAGGAGAAGGCCUCUGCAGGGUUCCGUGGGUGGGGGUGCAGUAAAGAGAUGUUUCACAGGUAAAAGCACAGGGUAGACUCUCUGAACCCCAAAUUCAGGCUCUCUAAGAAGACCCCAAAUUUGAAAGUCUGAAUGUGCUGGCACAGGAGUAUAAUCGUAGGGGACCCCUUCUUUCUCAACUGCAGCCACAGCUGUGAGGGUUACUUGCACUAGCUUUAAAAAAAAAAAAAUCUCAGCGGUUUACUUAAAAGUAAAUAACCGCUCCAUAAUUCUGAUUUCUUAAUGCCAAUCUCCACGCCCUGGCUAAAUGCCGAGGUCCCCGAGCACGCUCCCCAGCACCUCUGUUCAGCCCGUGUGCCUCUCCCAGGCUGGUUCACAGGCGCCCUUGGGAAGGACCCACACCUGCCCGAGAGCAUCAGGUGCGCAGGGCGCUCCUAACGACGGAAGCUUGAUAGUCCCCGCCCGGGCUCAGAAUGGGGACCCAGCAAGAGCACGUAACUCGCAGGCGUUUGCAGCGCUUCUCCUGAGCAACCAGGGGCACCUGGGUGUGCCCACUGAGUUAGAGGAAAGGGUGGGCCCCGGAGCCCCGGCCAGCGCGGAAGCCCCGGGGAGGGUGGGCGGCCGCAGGCCCGGCGCGCCUCGCUGCGGACCCCGGGGGCUCCCGGGGCGGCAGGACGCAGCAUGGCCCUGAGGGACGGCGCGUUCUCGGGUCCUCCUGACCCUGUCCCGGCCGCCCGCGGCACCGAGGGCCGCGUCUCCAUAGCAGUUGCGCUUAAACACAGAAAACCAAGCAACGUGACUGCCCUCGUCUCUAGAAAAUCCUGGGCAGGGCGGGAUACCCCGAGCGCGCGCCCGGAGAACGGAUCUGGCGCCCCAAGGGACUUCGAAAACGAGCACUACAGUUAUGCGCCCUCCAACAUCAGUCCCGGCCUGCCCCUCUCCACGGCACACCCAUCGCUGCCGGCUCCAUGCCACGACCUGCAGACGUCGGCACCGGCUGUGGUGGCAGCGGGCCACCCCUCGGGCUACGGAGCGGCUGUGGACGGCGGGCCCUCGGGCUACUUUCUGUCCUCCAGCCACGUUAGGCCCAGCGGGGCGCCCACCCUGGAGAGCCCUCGCAUAGAGAUAACGUCCUACCUGGGGCUGCACCACGGCAGCAGCCAGUUUUUCCAUGACGUGGAGGUGGAAGACGUCCUUCCCAACUCCAAACGGUCCCCUUCCACGGCCACCCUGAACCUGCCCAACCUGGAGGCUUACCGCGACCCCUCCUGCCUGAGCCCGGCCAGCAGUCUGUCUUCCCGCAGCUGCAACUCUGAGGCCUCAUCCUAUGAGUCCAACUACUCAUACCCGUACGCGUCCCCACAGACGUCCCCGUGGCAGUCCCCCUGUGUGUCCCCCAAGACCACAGAUGCCGAGGAGGGCUUUCCCCGUGGCCUGGGGGCCUGCAGCCUGCUGGGCUCCCCGAGACACUCGCCCUCCACCUCGCCCCGCACGAGCGUCACGGAGGAGAGCUGGCUGGGGGCCCGCACCUCCCGGCCGUCGUCCCCUUGCAACAAGAGGAAGUAUGGCCUCAACGGCCGGCAGCUCUCCUGCUCCCCGCACCACUCGCCCACGCCGUCCCCGCACAGCUCGCCGCGGGUCAGCGUCACCGAUGACACGUGGCUGGGCAACACCACGCAGUACACCAGCUCGGCCAUUGUGGCCGCCAUCAACGCCCUGAGCACCGACAGCAGCCUGGACCUGGGCGACGGCGUCCCCGUCAAGGCCCGCAAGACCGCCCUGGACCACUCUCCCUCAGUGGCGCUCAAGGUGGAGCCUGUGGGCGAGGACCUGGGGACCACGCCGCCCCCGUCUGACUUCCCGCCGGAGGAGUUCCCCUCCUUCCAGCACAUCCGGAAGGGCGCCUUCUGCGACCAGUACCUGUCGGUGCCACAGCACCCGUACCAGUGGGCCCGGCCCCGGUCCCCGACGUCCUACACCAGCCCGUCCCUGCCUGCCCUCGACUGGCAGCUGCCGUCACACUCGGGACCCUACGAGCUGAGGAUCGAGGUGCAGCCCAAGUCCCACCACAGAGCCCACUACGAGACGGAGGGCAGCCGGGGGGCUGUGAAGGCGUCGGCAGGAGGACACCCCAGCGUGCAGCUCCACGGCUACUUGGAGAACGAGCCACUCACGCUGCAGCUGUUCAUCGGGACGGCGGACGACCGCCUGCUGAGGCCACACGCCUUCUACCAGGUCCACCGCAUCACAGGCAAGACCGUGUCCACCACCAGCCACGAGGCCAUUCUCUCCAACACCAAGGUCCUGGAGAUCCCGCUGCUGCCGGAAAACAACAUGCGAGCCAUCAUCGACUGCGCCGGGAUCCUGAAGUUGCGCAACUCGGACAUCGAGCUGCGCAAGGGCGAGACGGACAUCGGCAGGAAGAACACGCGCGUGCGGCUGGUGUUCCGCGUGCACGUCCCGCAGCCCGGCGGCCGCACACUGUCCCUGCAGGUGGCCUCGAACCCCAUCGAGUGCUCCCAGAGGUCUGCCCAGGAGCUGCCCCUCGUGGAGAAGCAGAGCGCAGCCAGCUGCCCGGUCCUCGGCGGGAAGAGGAUGGUCCUGUCCGGCCACAACUUCCUGCAAGACUCCAAAGUCAUUUUCGUGGAGAAGGCACCAGAUGGCCACCACAUCUGGGAGAUGGAGGCGAAAACCGACCGAGACCUGUGCAAGCCGAAUUCCUUGGUGGUUGAGAUUCCCCCGUUUCGCAAUCAGAGAAUAACCAGCCCCGUCCAAGUCAACUUCUACGUCUGCAACGGGAAGAGGAAGAGAAGUCAGUACCAGCACUUCACCUACCUUCCUGCCAAUGUUCCAAUCAUAAAAACAGAGCCCACGGAUGACUGCGAGCCUGCCCUGACCUGUGGACCAAUGAGCCAGGGCCUGAGCCCGCUCCCCAAGCCGUGCUACGGCCAGCAGCUCGUCCUGCCGCCCGACCCAGGGUCCUGCCUCGUGGCCGGCUUCCCGCCCUGUCCGCAGAGAAGCGCCAUGAUGUCGCCGCCGCCCAGCGCCAGCCCGAAGCUCCGCGACCUCUCCUCCGCGCCGUACAGCAAGGGCAUGGCCAGCUCCGGCCACGGUCCCCUCGGACUUCAGCGGCCAGCCGGAGGGGCCCUCGCCGGUCAGGAGGCGCCGAGACCCGUGGGCGUGCACCCGGGCUCCCCGCAGCAGCCGCCCCCCACCCUGCUGCAGCCACAGUCCUGCAGCCCAACCCGCCCACCCGGGAUGGGCCACCAGCAGCGCCAACUGCCGAAGGUUCCGGAAAAAGAGUCUGCAGCCACCGGGCCUCUGCCGCUGCCCGAGGCGCGCGAGGACAGUAAUCAUAGUCUGGCCCCCAUUCCCGUAUCGGUCAAGCGAGAGCCUCAGGAGUUGGACCAGCUGUACCUGGACGACGUAAAUGAAAUAAUACGAAACGACCUCUCCAGCACCAACGUCCAUUCAUAGCUGGCAACACCAGAGCUUACUCAGAAGCUGCAUGGUGUCGACUCGACGGAUGACAGUGGAGGUCAGCCUACAGACUUCUGACUAAAUCAGCUGAACACACACCUGGUGCCACUCAGAAGUUCCAACUUACUGAAGAUUUUAUUGUACGUACAAAGAAGUAGCUCUUUAGCACAAAGGAAUGAAGGCAGGAAGGACCACUCCAUCUGCUGAAGGAAAAGUCAUCUCGAGAAGAAAACAGAGGGGGUUGGGUGGGGUGAGUGGAGGAGACAGACUGUGUGACGGCACCCCCAUGGGAAUGACCCCACUGGCAGCCUGACCCCGCCAUCCCCGCGGGCACCCCUGGAUUUCAGCACUGGAAGUGCCUUAUUUAACCCGACCACAACAUCAGGACAUCGUACAAUUAAGCUAGCAGGGGAGUAUUUGUAGGAGCAAAGCUAUAAAAACAUUUCAUCGUGAGGCUUUAUCCUUUGUAUAAAUUAAGAGAAUACUGGCAAACUAGGCGUUUUGAGAAAAACCUAAGAUGGUUCCUACUUUUUUUCAGCUUUUCCUGGGCUGUAAUAUACAAUUUUGUUGCCUUAUUCCGUGCAUUUUAGAAAUCUUCCAAUUGUCAUCUCAGCUCUUCCGUAAUACCCUUCCCUCCCCUGUGUUACUAAAACCAUAGGCUUGUUAAUUGUAGCAUGCUAGGGUUUUGUUUUUAAUCUGGCUUCGAACAUAGCACAAGUAGGUUACUGGACAAGAAAAGGGACCUGUCCGUCACGGGACAGGUCUUGCAUUUGCAUGGGUGUACAUACAUAGGCACGUAUUUGUGUAGAAAUAAUAAGUAACAGGUGGUGACGGUCAGUCUUCGUCCAGCACAGGCGUCUGCGCCAGCAAGAACCAGAAUGCAUUUGGGGACAUCAUCAACUGCACACCUGGCUUCUCAGCGACUUCCACUGGGGUCCGGCGCCCCCCACAGGCCGUGCAGUUAACAGCACUUUCGAAGCCGGGGGAGGCACGCUCAGAACACCCUGAGUCACCAAAAGGCGAAAUUGGAAAGGAGCUGUAAAUAACAUUGCAAAGGGAGUGUAAUAUAUUUGUUCAGCUAUAAGAUUAUUAUUUCACAGAAGCCUUAUAACUCUGCUUCAUCUAAGAACCCGAUUACCAAAAACACUGUUUUAAUAGGCAGCGACUGUAGUAGGUUUCAGGUUAGUUACUGUUAACAGAUAGGUUAGUGUAAGCUUUACUGCAUUUUGUACAAUGAACAUCUUAUUACACAUUAUUACUAGUAAUGUUCUAUUGUUUCAAAUAACCAAAAAAGCAUGGUUUAAUUAAAACAUGUUUAACCUAAUAAUUGUGCCUUAGGAAGUCACGCCCCCUCCUGGAACCUGCCUGGUGCGUCCGUGGGGGCAGGUUGUAAGUUAUAAAUCAUUAAACAUGAAGUGAUGACAAGGGGAGAGCGCUCCCACAGAUAGAACUAUUUUUAAAAUGUUCUCCUGUACGAUUAUGUCUUACUUUUUUUAAUUCACAGAAAGAUACAAAAGUCUGAAAGCCAUAUUUGUAACAUUUGCACAUAACUGUGAAGAACUGAAGAUAUGGCCCCGCGUGUAUCUGACCUGCUCCUCGCAGGCGCCCCCCCUGCCUGUCAGCCUAGCAUUUAGCGUCGUAGCGUUGCAUGGAACGUUCUUAGUAGAUGGUCACACAGAAAGGAAGUGUUUGAUAUUUGUGUCAACUAGCUCUGUAGUUAGAAAAUAGAUCCAAUAAAGCGAUAUUUUUGCUGGA